GUCGCCCGCCCGCCCUCUCUGCCACCAACCGCUCCACGCCGCACCGGUCGCGCACAUCCCGCAACCCUAUCGAGCCUGACGACGCAUCGGCCUUCAUGGAGCUUGCCUGGCUGCUGGCCCGAUCGCGAUUGCCGUAGGAGGACAUCUCUGUCUUCCACAGCUAGCGAUAGCCGGUAUGCCCAAGCAGGAGGACCAGAGGCCAACCCUACAAAGAGGCGCUCCCCCCAGGCCCCGUGAUCUGACCGACAUCUCGAGUGCCGUCCUGCGGAGCGAGCAGGCGAAGCGAUGGACCAAGCGGUACAGGACUGAGGUCGCGGCAAGCUCGAGCAGCCUCCUCUCUACCUUUGCUGCCUAUCCUCUGGACUCGGUCAAGACCCGCCUGCAAGCAUACAAAUUCAACUCUUUCACCGACUGCGUCCGACAUACCUACCGAACCGAAGGCUUCCAUGGCUUCUACCGUGGUGUCUGGUCUCCUCUCGCAAGCAUCACCCUCGUCCGCACUGUGUCCUUCUCCAUAUACCAGCGCUCCAAGUAUGCGCUUGACAACUGGAUUUACCAAACUACUGGAAGCUCGCCACUUGUGAUUGCGAAUACCAAGGGUGCAUGGCCGACGCUCUCGACGGUCACAUGUUUUGGACUGGCAGGCGUCAAUGCGGGUGGAGCUAUCACAAUCAUUGCAUGCCCGUUUGAGUUGACCAAAUUAAGCGCACAAAUCUCUGUCCUGAUGGCCGAGCGUAACGAUGGCGGCGGCAAGAAUGAUGCGAUACGGAAAAGUUACCAGAAUUUGGGAACCUGGAAAACGGCACAAAAUCUGGUUAGGCACCGAGGAUGGAGGGGGUUGUAUUCCGGCUUUCAUCUGCAUUUACUUCGAGAUUCAAUCGGCACGGGCAUCUAUUUUGUUACAUAUGAAAGCGUGAAACAGGUUUUGGCAAAUGCUCGUGGCACAUCACCCACACAUCCGCUGGCAGUUGUCAUAGCAGGCGGGCUUUGUGGACUUGUGAGUUGGGCGUGUAUAUUCCCCAUCGACACUGCAAAGAGCAUUUACCAGCGCAACUGCCUAGUGGGAGGAAGAGACAAGGCCACUCGCCCGAAAAUCCAGUUCUUCAAUCGCCGCAUGUAUCAAGGUCUGGGCGUAUCCAUGUCUCGCUCCUGUAUAGUCAACGCCAUUUUCUUUACCGCCUUCGAGUUUUUAAAGAAGCGCAUCAACAGCAUGACUUAUGAUGAGGAGCUUCUGCGCGCGUACGAUGUAUAACUCAACCGUCUUUUACCGUUUCUGGAUGAGGCAUUGGCCAGGCGCAUACAGCAUCUUGCUGCGAACUGAUAUGUCAGUUACUGUGAAUUUGAAAUUGCCAUUAUGGGCAUGUCAUUGAAUAUGGCGCAAAACUAUGCGCACUCUUGCGAGUAUCAUCGAAUCCGAAA